AUGACAUGCUCCAAUGAAGCGGAUGAACGCAUAUGCGUACCAGGAGAAGAGUAUUGGAACAACGCGGGUGAUGAUUGCCGGAGUGGUGCCACUACGUCUAGAAUGCCAUUGUCAGACCAGGGAGAUGAGGUUUAUAUUGUGAGAUCCAUGGAAAGCAUAGCGUGGGCAGGCUUAAUCACCUGGACGAACCGGCGAACUGACUUCCGGAUUUGGGUGCCGGCAGGUCCAGGUUCAAACCAAGGCAUAUGGGCGGGGAUCAGUUGUCCUGCUGUGUCGCAGAUCGUUUUUGAAUUCGUAGGGGGCUUGCCACAUCAAUCUGAUAAGACUGCCCACAAAACAGUACGAACAAGCUUUAGGAGGCUGAAUCCAAGACUUCAAAACCCCGCAAACACAUUGAUAUUAGCACGAAGCGAGCCAUACGUCGGGGAAAUGGAGUCUCGGUCCCAAUUUAGCCAAAUGAGGGUACAUCGCGGGUGGGAUAAUGAUGACGUUGACCAUUUGAUUGAUGGAGUGAGCCGAAUCACUCCGAGGUGUGUAAGAAGAGUUCAGCAAGAGAAAACAACUUGGCGUGUGAACAACGGCGCGGUUGAGAAGAUUGCGAUAGAACGGGCAUGCGCGAAAGCGAAGAGGUGGACAGUAAAGCAGGAGCUACGACAAAUGCAUGCUUGCUAUGAAUGUCGCCACUGCAUGACUAGCCUCACCAUUAUCAUCAACAAAUGCAGUCCGAGCUUUAGAAUUCUGAUUUUCAUUGAAUAUUUCAAGACUAAAUCGCAUAUUUUCCUUACAUUACCUUGUACCAACUCACCAAGCACUCCUACGAUACUUCGACUAUUCAUGCUCAUGCUCGGAUCAUAUGGCAAGACCCGUUUCUCACUACUUCAUUUUGCCAUUUAA